GAAGAAGUUACAAUGGUAGUCCAGGAAAUGAAAAAGUACUUCCCAUCCGAGAGGCACAGUAAACCCAGCACUCUAGAAGCCCUCAACUAUGCUCUUCACUGUGUACACAGUGUCCAAGGUAAACUAGCUGAAGGAAAGAACCAGUAGUACAAAUACACCCAGAGAAUUUGUCAAUGUGGUUUUAUUCAUAGAAUUUUUUUGAGCUUUUUAUGACACUUUUUGCAAGAUGAGCAGAGCUACAGUGAUUUCAUUAGUAUCUUAAUUUUUCAAACUAAGAAGACCAGGAGAACCUUACUUGCAGAAUAGUUUAGUAAAUAUGCAGUCUUUUGCUGGCUUAUUGCAAGAGCUUAGUGUUUAGCGUAAGCACAUUUUGAAGAUUCACUUUUUAAAGGAGCGUUGUCUUCUGUGGGUGUUAGGAAAAAACACACUUGACUAAAUACAAUGUACAUGUCCCAGUCAUACACAUACUUUUAAAAUACGAUCAUAAUACAUCAGAAAUUUACCAAGUUAAAAAUGAGCAAUGUAAACAAUUUUUUAUUUUUCUCUCUGAUUUUUCUUCUUGGGAAAUUUCAUGAAGUGCAUAUUCUCUUUAGCACAAACCUCUGUGGCUUCAAAUAUACUGAAUAUUCGGGUGAUGUUUCUGUCAUAAAAAAUUAUUUGUGUGUGUGCACAAGUAUGUAUAUUUGGAAUUUUGGGUUUUGACAGCUUGUUUUAAUAGGUUAAAUGUAUCUUAAUCCUUGUGAUCCAGAAAAUGCUAAAUUCAUAAGGAACUUUUUUUUCCCCCCCUGAGGAAAUUUAAAAUCUUUAAUUUGCACUUCUAGGUGCUCCUUGGAAACUCUAUGGGGCAGUUCUACUGUCUUAUAGGGUCGCUAUGAGUUGGAAUCGACUCGACGGCACUUGGUUUGGUUUUUUUUGUUUUUGUUUUUAUCCAUAUUUUAAGUGAAAGAAGAAAAUGAGGUGUGCUUUCCUAAAUAGUAAGCCAGUUUAAGAAUGAUAAAAGUGAUUUCCUAAAGAUACUGUUGCCACUGGACUACCUGUUUAUUUUUCUGUGUUUCUUAGCAAACAGUGAGUUUUUCCAGAUUCUCAGUCAAAAUGGAGCACCUCCAACAGAUGUGACCAUGUACAGUCUUGAGAAGCUGUCCACUAUCGCCUCAGAACACACUUCCAAAAACACAGUAAGAGUCACAUUUUGCCGUACCAACCUGGGUGACUUUCCUAAAGACCUUCUGUAGAUGCAGAUUUUUUUAACAAUACUGUAAGUUUCAAUAACCACAGUUGGAGGUAAACAAAAGGAGAAAAUUGCUAAGGAGGCAUUGUGUAGUUUUUCCUACUCUUGACAGAGAACAUGCCCAAAUGCAGGAAGCAGCAUGUCAGGUAGUUGAUUUGCUUUGAUUCUGAGGUGAUUCUGUCUCUUUACCAUACCUGAGUUCUCUCAAAUUAAGAAACAAACAAAUAACACUGCAGAGGAAUUUCUUGCAUUUUAUCCUAAUCUUAGAAUUGUUCAUUUCUAUUUAUAUCAUUUUUAGUUCCAAUACCUACUACUUCAAGUUGUAACAACCAGAUUUUAUAGAGCAGGACACCUUUAUGGCAGUUGUUUCAUUUCUGUCUGGAAGGUUAGUGCACAUUUCUGAACAGGCUACUUCAAUCCUGAAUUAUGAAAAAGAUUUCUUGGAGUCUUUCCAUUUUGUUGAACUACUUGCCCCUCAGGAUGUGAGGGUGUUCUACGCACACACCGCCCACGCCCAGCUUCCCUUCUGGAACAACUGGACCCAAAGAGCAGCCUCACAGUACGAAUUUGCUCCUGUGAAAUCCUUUUUCUGCAGGAUUCGUGGUGGUGAAGGUGGAGAGCAAGAGAAGAACUACCGCCCAUUCCGGGUUAUCUCCUAUUUGAUUCACGUGCGUAGCCCCACCCAGCCAGGAGCUGAGCCUUGCUGUCUCAUGCUGGUUGAAAAGAUUCACUCUGGUUAUGAAGCUCCUCGAAUCCCAGUGGAUAAAAGAAUUUUUACCACAAUGCAUACCCCAGGGUGUGUUUUUCUUGAAGUAGAUGAAAGAGCAGUGCCUUUGCUGGGUUACCUACCUCAGGAUCUGAUUGGAACAUCGAUCUUAAUGUAUUUGCACCCAGAAGAUCGUUCCCUAAUGGUUGCCAUACACCAAAAAGUCUUGAAGUACGCAGGCCAGCCCCCCUUUGAACAUUUACCCAUUAGAUUUUGUACUCAAAAUGGAGAUUACAUCAUACUGGAUUCCAGUUGGUCUAGCUUUGUGAACCCUUGGAGCCGGAAGGUUUCUUUCAUCAUCGGUCGGCAUAAAGUUCGAACGAGUCCGCUAAAUGAGGAUGUUUUUGCUACCAGAGUGAAAAAGGUGAACAGUAAUGACAAGGAUAUCACAGAAUUGCAGGAACAAAUUCACAAACUUCUCUUGCAGCCGGUUCACGUGGGUGAUUCCAGUGGCUAUGGAAGCCUCGAAAGCAGUGGCUCCCAGGAACAUUAUGUCAGCAUCGAAUCUUCUAGUGAGUCCAGUGGGCACUGUGUGGAGGAAAUACAAAAGGAGCCAAUGACUUUACAGCAGGUCUAUGCCAGUGUAAACAAGAUUAAGAAUCGGGGUCAGCAGCUCUACAUUGAGUCAAUGACGAAAUCGCCAAACAAGCCAGCAGCGGGGAAGUGCACAGAGCCAUUGGGUGAUGAACAGAAGGCCUUUUCUUCCUUCCAGACAUCGAAAAACCACAGCACACACACUGCGUCUUCUAAGGAUUUGAGAAAAGAUGGGCACAGCCCAUCCUACCAGCAAAUCAACUCUAUCGAUAGUGUUCUCAGAUAUCUGAAGAGCUGCAGCUUUCCAGAUUUGAAAAGAAAGUGUGUAUCCUGUACGAAUACAAAUUCGUCGUCGUCAGAAGACGGCAGACAAAUCCAUAAGGCAGAUGGUGUCCACGCGUCGCAAGUUUCUCAGAUCCCAGUCAUAGCUAAAUCAGAAAUGACGACAGCUGGCCAGUCCACAGAUGCUGAGGAAGGGGUUCUACAGACCCCGUCUGCAAAGGCCCUGAGCCUGGUGUCCGGCAUGAGCCAGUGCAGUUACAGCAGCACCAUCGUUCACGUCCCACCACCUGAGCCAGCAGAAUUGACUGCAGCAGAGGAAGCGACUCUGGCAUUCGAGCCCUGGACCCUGAACCCACAGGCAGCUUCACUGACCUCAGAAGGAUUUAAACACGUGGGGCUCACAAAGGCUGUCUUAUCAGCCCACACGCAAAAGGAAGAACAGAAUUAUGUCGAUAAAUUCCGUGAAAAGAUCCUGUCCUCACCCUACAGCUCUUACCUUCAGCAAGAAAGCACAAGCAAAGCAAAAUGCUCACAUGUUCAAGGAGAUUCUACUUCCAGGCAGACCAAAUCAGCUAGGUGGAAGAAAGGGAAACACAAACGGAAGAAGCUGCCUGUGCCCUCAGACAGCAACCGCUGUGCUGACAUCUGUCCUCACUUCAGAGAAGGGGUGCAGGACGCACAGCCCUGGUGGCCUCCUAGGGACUUCCUGCCACACAGCCCUGGCCUGUCGUUCCCGUCCACAGUGGUGAUGCCCAGCCAGGCCCCUUACCUCACGUCAGCGUGUCCCCUCCCAGCCCUGACCUCUCUGCGGGAAGCAUGUGCAGCCUCAGGACCUGCACUGCCAUGUUUCCCCAGGCCUCCUCCACCCGGCAGCCUGAUGUCUGUCCCAGCCUUCCCUGCUCCUUACUUGGACACGUUCAUGACUGUUUUUCUGCAUGCGCCCCCUGCCUGUCCCCUGUUACCGCCGUCAUUCUCUCCUUACCCGCUCCUGGGAGCAGCAGGCUCUCCUGAAAUACCACCCUCCUCGUCACCGGAGGCCCCAGGCCUGGAACCACCAUCUUCAGUCACCAACCAAAGGAGGGUGGCGGAAAGAUGGGAGACACAUGGUGAAGAACAUCCUUUUAUUUCUUCCCGGAGCAGCUCACCACUGCAGUUGGACUUACUUCAGGAGGAAAUGCCUGGGUCUUCUCAAUCUCCAGAUCAGAUGAAAAGGGAUGUUUGCUCAGAAGCUGAGUGUCAACAUGUUCUAGGCAACAGUGGGAAUAACAACAACUGUUGCCCAGCCAGUGAACUGUCCACUGUGUUACUUCGCCAGAAUUCUCCCUCUGGAACCCAUUCUGCAGCAUCAGGUCUUGCAAGCUUUCCGCCUUUGACGGGAAGCAGUGACAGCAGUAUAUACUUUGCUAGUAGUGAUUACUCUUCUGAAAUCUCCCAAAAUGGGCACAUAACCCAGGAUGCACAGAAAAAAGAGACAGCUCCCAAUUCCGUCCAGGAGUCCAUCUGGAGAAUGAUAGAACAGACACCUGAGCGCAUUCUAAUGACGUAUCAGGUGCCCGAGAGGGUUAAAGAAGUUGUACUAAAAGAAGACCUAGAAAAGCUGGAGAGCAUGAGGCAGGGACAGCCCCAGUUUUCCCGAGAACAGAGGGAGGAGCUGGCCAAGGUGCAUUCUUGGAUUCAGAGCCAGACCGUCCCUCAAGAAAUAGACAUGCAAGGCUGUGUCACCUGCGAAAACAAAGACUCAGUUGGUGAAGCUGCAGAAUACUCCAACCAUGGUCCGGCCGAGGACAGCAGUUGAGUGACUACGAAUAGGCACCUUCACACCCUUCCCAGGACAUGCUGGACACUUAGACUUCUGUGUGUCGCUUUAAACGCUUGACUUGUAAACGACCAUGAAGUUAUCAUUGAAUGUUAAGGUUUUUCCUUCUCUGUUUUUUUAAUAGACAUUAUUUUUCUGAAGUGGACAUUGCAUCUAGAAUCUUUUACUUUUCUUUGUUCCUGAUGCAUUAAAACUGUCCAUUAGACUCUCUUUCUAGUUUACCUGUCUUCUAAAGAGAUUGGAUGGCCUCAAACCAGGUAUGUGCAUGGCAGAACUUUAUUUCAGGUGUCACCCAAACUAAAUCAUGAUUAGAAGUUUAGCUAAAACGAGCCCAAAACCUUAGCAUCAUUUAUUUUGUGUUCUGUUGUUAACAUAAACCAUCUUCCCCAUGAGAGCCCUUAAAGAAAUCCCCGCCAUGGGCCAUACGGUUACCAUAGUGGUUUCCAUAAAUUUACUUCAUUCAUCUAGACUUUGUACAGUUUGGUGCUUCCCCUAAAAAUUAAGACAACACUCCAGUUUUCUUUUCCUACAUGACACAAGUCACUUUAGUAUUUACCAGUACUCAACUAUAUUGCCCAUUGGUAUAGCUGGAAUACUGAGAUUUUAGGGUUGAAUUUUGACCUUCAUUCCUGUAGAUGUCUUACCCUUUCUACCUUCUACCCUUUCUACCUUCUGCUGAAUUUCUGAAAGUCUUAUCUUAAAAACUGAAAAGCUUACAAUUGACUUAUCCUUUUAAGAGCUGAAAUUAAUAUUUGUGUGUCUAAUGUUGAACCAAAAGAACUUUCUCAACAAAUGAUAAUUUUCCUUUUUAAUGUUUUUGUAAAAUAAUGAUUGUAAAAAAUUUCAAGUUAUGUAAAAGUUGAUAUUGUUCUUAUGUGUCUUCUUGUUUAAAUGCUCAGUCUCACCGGAACUAAGGGUUAGCUUUCUUCCCAACCGAUUGACGCACAAGAAGUGUCUGUGUCUGAGGCAGCCUCUCUUGGCCUGUCACUGGCCAGCAAGCAGGGCUAAAUGUCGUCGAGGGCCUGCGCAGUGACAGAGGCGUCCAGGGCGCUCUGUAACCCGAGCCUGGGAGGCUGCAAAGUCUUCCAUGGUCAGUGCUUUCUAGGCCAUUUUUAAUUGUCUUUUAAGAAGUGAGUGUGAUGUUUACUUGAUAAGUCAGCUCUUUACUGGUGCUCUUUAGAGAAGUCAAGCGUUCCUUCCCAAACUUAGCAAUGCACACCUGGGCAGAUCAGAAAAAGAAAACAGAAGGAAAUGAAGAUUACAGUAACCUUUUACCUUUUAUAUAAUAUGUGAGAGACUAAUUUUUUUUCUUUUCUUUUUUUUAUUUCAUUAUUAUUUUUUUUUUAGGAAAACACUUCUUUCUCCUUUGAAGUUUUAUAGCUUUUUGUAAGUGCAUCCUGAGAAGGAUUGGGAGAAUCGACUGUUGUAUCCAGGAGGACUGCUGGACCCUGACCCCAGACCCCUGGAAUUGCAGCCCUCCUUUCUAAGUAGCAUUUUCCUGGAUGGUAAUUUUACCUUCAAGUGUCAGACUAUUUUCAAACGCUGCCUUUUGACAUUUUUUGGAAUUCUCUAAUAUUAAGUAUUAAGUAAUAUUAAGUAGUCCUGUGCAAAUACCCCUGUCGUCUGAUGCGAGAACGCUCCCAUUCUAUGACCUCGUGAUGGGUAAAUGACUCCUGAAGCACUGUUGUGUUGUCAGGUCAUGUGGGGUUUUUUUAUUCUUGGUGAAAACUCAAAUUUUAAAACUUUAACCAGCCUGGAUAAUGCCCAUUGAGGUAGCCAUUGUGACCUUUUUAUGCUAAUGAAGUUUUUAUGCCUAUGAGUCAGAAAUGGCACCUGCAACUGUCAGAGGGCCGUCUGCACUCCUGUGUGCGCAUUUAUACCUCUGCUCUCCAGUCAUGCCAAUCCCUCUUGUCCAUUGUCUUGGGAGACUUGUUUCAUCUAAACCUGCUUAUUUCUUUGCCUUAGCACACAUUUUAGGGAGUGUAUAUCACCCUGGGCUUGACCUGAAACCGGUGCUUGUUGUAGGCAGAGCUGUAAAAGCAUUUACACACUCUCACUUUUCAAUAAGCAGGUUAGAGCUGGGAUCCCUGCGGUGUUAGGGCUGCUGCACAGGAAGGUAGGGAGGGGAGGGCAGCAGGACGGCUCCGCCCCCCACGGGGGCCCCACCCAGGCUCCACUUUGUCGGUCACCUCAAUUAACUUUUUAUAUCUAUGACUAUAAAAAAAAAAAAAGAAACUGGUAAUAAAAAAUGUACAUUAGAGGC